AUGUGCAGCGGCUUGGAGCGCCGGCAUUUCAGCGAGGCCUUCCGUUGCAGCCCCGUUGUCGCCCGGUUGACAGCGCACAAGGCGACGUGUGCGCUGCACCCUCCACCCCUCCCCUCCCCACGCCUCCCCACCCCUCCGCGCUUGCCACAACCUCCCCGCACAAACGGCGCAACGGCGUGUUCCACACAGUCGCCACUUGGCGGCAUGGCGGAGCCCCGCUCUGACGGCCUGUUGCAUCUGCCCGCGCUCACGAAACGACUUCUAUCUUAG